UAAGGGGGAGGGAGGAGCUGUAGAGCAGAGCAGAAGCCUGAGCGUAGGAGAGCCACCCCCAUGCCCAGGGACUGACAUGGCCUUUACAAUGAUAACACAGCUGUUGCUCCUUCUGGUGUGGGGGGCCGCAGUACGGGCAGCCCGGCCGGGGGCUGAGCUUCUCAAUGUCUGCAUGGACGCCAAGCACCACAAGGAAAAGCCAAGCCCGGAAGAGGAGCUGCCUGAACAGUGCAGCCCCUGGAAGAAGAACUCCUGCUGUUCUGUCAGCACCAGCCAGGAAGCCCAUAAGGAUGUUUCCUACCUGUACAGAUUCAACUGGGACCACUGUGGCCCCAUGGAGCCCGCCUGCAAGCGCCACUUCAUCCAGGACACCUGCCUGUAUGAGUGCUCCCCCAACCUGGGGCCCUGGAUCCGGCAGGUGAACCAGAGCUGGCGCAAAGAGCGGGUCCUGAACGUGCCCCUGUGCAAAGAGGACUGUGAGAGCUGGUGGGAAGACUGCCGCACCUCCUACACCUGCAAGAGCAACUGGCACAAGGGCUGGAACUGGACCUCAGGGUUCAAUCAGUGCCCGGUGAAGGACUCCUGCCACCCCUUUCACUUCUACUUCCCCACGCCUGCUGCUCUGUGCAAUGAAAUCUGGAGUCACUCCUACGAAGUCAGCAACUACAGCCGAGGGAGCGGCCGCUGCAUCCAGAUGUGGUUCGAUCCGGCCCAGGGCAACCCCAACGAGGAGGUGGCCAGGUUCUAUGCCGCGGCCAUGAGUGGGGCUGGGCUCCACGGGGUCUGGCCCGCCCUGUUUGGCCUGGCCCUAAUGUCGUUGCUGGCGCUCAGCUGA